AUGGCGGGCGCGCGGCGGCUCGUGCUCCUGGUGAGGCGGCUUCCGCCGCGCGCGCCGUGCCGCCUCAGCCAGCGGCCGCGCGCCUUCUCCGCCCCGGCGGCCGGCGACGCGGAGGGGGCGGGGCACGCUCCUAGAGACUUGCUGAAAGAAUUUCCAGAGCCUAAAAGCCUUCUCAACACCGUGAUCCAAAGAGCCCUCGGCAUCUCCCAGGCAAAAGACAAGCUGGUCUACGUCCACUCCGAUGGGCCGGAGGAAAAGAAAGUCACCCUGCGCAUCAAGUGGCCCAAGAACUUGGAGGUGGAAGGCUAUGGCAGCAAGAAGGUGGACGCGGAGAGACAGGCCGCGGCCGCCGCGUGCCAGCUCUUUAAGGGCUGGGGCCUGCUGGGCCCACGAAACGAGCCGUUCGCCGCGGCCAAGUAUCGCGCGCUCGCCACUGGCCUGGGCUCGCCGGCCGCCGGCCGCUGGCGGCCGGAGCCCACCCCGCCACUGGGCAACCGGCCGCUGGGGUCCGGGAGCCCGUCCCGCUCCGCUGGCCGGGAGGAAGGGGAGGAACUGGAGGAAGAAGAAGCGGUCGAUGUCACCAAGUUCCCGUCUGGGACCCAACAGGAUUCUCACAGCGCACUCGGGGACGGGAGCUCUGACAAGGACGCCCGGCAGGCGCUGAUCAAGUUCCCGCAGCCUAAGGCCCUUCUGUCUUCGGUGAUCCAGAUUGCCACCGCGUCGUCCGGCUGCAAGGACCUCAUUCGGUUCCGUACCCUGGGCACCAAGACCAAGGUCUCCACCCUGACCCUCCUGUGGCCCCACCCGAUGACCUUCGUCGCCGAGGGACGUCACAGAGCCGGGGCGGAGAACAAGGCGGCGGCCCUGGCCUGCAAGAAGCUGAAGAGCCUGGGCCUGCUGGACGGGAACAACCAGCCGCUGACCCACGCCGAGUAUAACUGGGAGGCCGUGCGAGAGAUGAAGGCCACGCAGCGUCGGUCCCGUCCCAUUGAGGUGCCCGUGCCCCUCCUGAACAAGAUCGAGCGCUACCUGGACACCUACCCUCUGGACGACUGCCGGAUCGCCCCGGAGCCGCUGAGCGAGGACGCCGCCCAGCCCCUGGAAGAGGAGGCCGACCUCCCGAGCGACCCCAUCACGGGGAAGCCGUACGUGGCGCUGUCGGAGGGCGAGGAGCUGCAGCUGAGCCGGGACCUGCUGGAGCUGUGGCGGCGGCGGGGGCCGGCCCGGCCGGAGGCCCUCCGCCUGCCCGUGGACCCGCACGGGGACGCCAUCCUGGCAGCCAUCGAGAGGCACCCCGUGGUGGUGAUCGCGGGGGACACGGGCUGCGGGAAGACGACGCGCAUCCCCCAGCUGCUGCUGGAGCGCCACGUGACCGAGGGCCGGGGCGCCCGCUGCAACGUCAUCAUCACCCAGCCCCGCCGCAUCUCGGCCGUGUCGGUGGCCCAGCGCGUGGCCCAGGAGCUGGGGCCCUCCCUGCGCCGCAACGUGGGCUUCCAGGUGCGCCUGGAGAGCAAGCCGCCCGCCCGGGGCGGGGCCCUGCUCUUCUGCACCGUGGGCGUCCUGCUGCGCAAGCUGCAGAGCAGCCCGGGCCUGGAGGGCGUCAGCCACGUCAUCGUGGACGAGGUCCACGAGCGCGACGUCAACACGGACUUCCUGCUCAUCCUGCUCAAGGGGCUGCGGCGGCUGAACCCCGGCCUGCGGCUGGUCCUCAUGAGCGCCACGGGCGACAACGAGCGCUUCGCCCGCUACUUCGGGGGCUGCCCCGUCCUCAAGGUGCCCGGCUUCAUGUACCCGGUCAAGGAGCACUACCUGGAGGACGUCCUGGCCAAGCUGGGCAAGAACCGGCUCUACGAGGACACGGAACAGCUGGACUUGGAGCUCGUGACGGACCUGAUUCUGCACAUCGAUGCCCAUGAGGCUCCAGGUGGGAUCCUGUGCUUCCUCCCGGGCUGGCAGGAGAUCAAAAGCGUCCAGCAGCGACUGCAGGAGGCCCUCGGCGCCCAGGAGGGCAGGUGCCUCAUCCUGCCCGUGCACUCCAACAUCCCCAUGAUGGACCAGAAGGCCAUCUUCCAGCAGCCCCCGGCCGGGGUGCGCAAGAUCGUCCUGGCCACCAACAUCGCCGAGACCUCCAUCACCGUCAACGACAUCGUGCACGUGGUGGACAGCGGCCUGCACAAAGAGGAGCGCUACGACCUCAAGACCAAGGUGUCCUGCCUGGAGACCGUGUGGGUGUCGCGGGCGAACGUGAUCCAGCGCCGGGGGCGGGCCGGGCGCUGCCAGUCGGGCUACGCCUACCACCUGUUCCCCCGCAGCCGGCUGGAGAAGAUGGCGCCCUUCCAGGUGCCCGAGAUCCUGCGCACCCCCCUGGAGAACCUGGUGCUUCAGGCCAAGAUCCACGUGCCCGAGAAGACGGCCGUCGAGUUCCUCUCCGAGGCCGUCAGCAGUCCCGACAGCCAGGCCGUGGCCGAGGCCGUGCGACUCUUGCAGGAGAUCGGGGUGCUGGACCGGCGGGAGCUCCUGACCGCCCUGGGCCGGCGCCUGGCUCCCAUUCCCACCGAACCCCACCUGGCCAAGGCCGUCGUGCUGGCCGCCAUCUUCCGCUGCCUGCGCCCGCUGCUGGUGGUCGUCGCCUGCCUCACCCGCGACCCCUUCAGCGGCGGCCUGCAGAACCGGGCCGAGGUGCAGAAGGUGAAGGCCCUGCUGAGCCAAGACAGCGGCAGCGACCACCUGGCGUUCGUGCGGGCCGUGGCCGGCUGGGAGGAGGUGCUGCACGGGCAAGACCGCGACUCCCGGGAGAGCUACCUGGAGGAGAACCUGCUGAGCGCCCCCGGCCUGCGCUUCAUCCGCGGCCUCAUCAAACAGUUCUCGGAGAACGUCUACGAGGCCUUCCUGGUGGGGAAUCCCUCCGACUGCACCCUGCCCUCCGCCCAGUGCAACCAGUACAGCGACGAGGAGGAGCUGGUGAAGGGCGUCCUCAUGGCCGGCCUCUACCCCAACCUCAUCCAGGUGAGGCAGGGGAAGGUGACCCGCCAGGGGAAGUUCAAGCCCAACAGCGUCGCUUACCGGACCAAAGCUGGCAACGUCCUCCUGCACAAGUCCACCAUCAACAGAGAGGCGACGCGGCUGCGCAGCCGCUGGCUGACGUACUUCAUGGCCGUCAAGUCCAACGGCAGCGUCUUCGUGCGCGACUCGUCCCAGGUCCACCCGCUGGCCGUCCUGCUGCUGACGGACGGCGACGUCCACGUCCGAGACGACGGGCGCCGGGCCACCAUCGCCCUGAGCGACAACGACCUGCUGCGGCUGGAGGGCGACUCGCGCACGGUGCAGCUGCUGCGGGAGUUGCGGCGAGCCCUGGGGCGCAUGGUGGAGCGCUGCCUGCGCUGCGAGCUGCCCGCCCUCCCCCCGGACCUGCAGCACGAGCACGGACAGCUGCUGGCCCUGCUCGCCGAGCUGCUGCGCGGGCCCUGCGGCGGCUUCGACGCGCGCAAGACGGCCGACGACUGAGCCCCUCCUUCCCCGGCCCGAGCGGAUCGCCCGUCUUUCUAUUUAAACGUCUAUUUAAAAGAGAUCCACUCGUCCUCUGUGAACUCGCCGCCCGUCUCGAGGUAAAGCUCCGGCGGCGGGGGGCGGCCCGGGGAGCCGUGGGGCCACCGCUCGGGAAGACGGCGAAGCCCCCCGCCCCAGGGAGCGAGAGCCCCGACGCCGCUCCGGCCCCCCGUCCACGGAGGUAAGGACGCACAACCGCCCCGCCGCACCCACGGGGCGGGAACACAGACGAGGCAGCCGGCCCCCAGGUGCAACACGGAGAAGCUUUAUUUCAAACUCUUACAAUGAAAGAAUCACAACGGCACAGCGGGACUCGGUGCUCAGUACAGGCCAGGGGGAGGGAGGGAGGGAGGGAGGUGGAGCCAACGGGCACAAGCACUAAAGCAGGAACGGCGGCGCCGCCGGCUCCUCUGCCCCGGGCACUGCCCCGCCGCGGCAUCCGGGCUCCAUAGUGGCCCCAGUGCCCUCUCUCUGCCUGGGGGACGAUACGGGAAAUCGCGCCGUAGCCCAGGCAAGGCAGGGACAUAAAACGCCGCCCACCGAACAGCGGGGCAUCUACUAUGGAUGCCCUCCCCUGUUUUUGAUGCCCAUCCGGGCAGAGAGAGGGCCCGGCUACCAGUGCCCAGCGGAACUAGGGCCGGGGCCACUUCCCUUCCACAAAGGGAACCCGCAAAGCCUGGCAGCGGGCCUUCCCACUCGCCCCCACAACCCUCCAGCCGCUAAAGAUGGGCAUCCCCUGCCAGGAUGUCUCCAGCUCGGCUCCGACGGCCGCGUCUCCGCGCCGUGACCGGUUCCCCCGGGGGGAAACGGAGGCAGAGGCUGAGGUCUCUCGGAGCGGCGGCACGGGGCAGGGGUGGGCAAAGGGGAGCAGGAGGAGGGGAGAGGCCCCUUCCCCGGGACGGGCGCCAACUCACCCUUUCCUCAUCGCAAGUCUGCCCGGCUGCGUUAAAAGGCUCCCGGGCGGAGCAAGCACUUGGACUGCCAGACCAUUUCAAUGCCAACUAGGUUACACUUUAAUGCCAUUUUAUUAGAAACCAUGCAAACUUUAAUAUAAAAAAUACAAGUGCAAUAAGAAUCUCUGUGUGUCAGUACAGAUUCCCGGGAUUCCAGAUCAAUUGUCAGCUUCUCGGGGAGGGGAAGGUGUCACCCGCCCGGGGAGGCGGUCUCGCCUCCGGCCGGCCGGCCGGGAAAUCGGGACUCUCAAAUUCCUCCGGCAACCCGAUCUUUUUUCCCACCGCGUUAAUCCCUCGUUUCGGACCGCUCAUUAGUGUCGUGGCCCACGGGCCCGGGCCCGCGGCAGCCGGCCGGCGGCCCCCCCUCCCUCCCUCCCCUCGGCGUGCAGCACGGUACAGGCUCCCCGACAAUCGGCCUCCGUUCCAAAAAGAAGAAAAACAGACACAAAAACACCAACGCAAACUUGCACACGCCAAACCGACCCCCUUAGCAUCAAAAACCGUCUCUCUACCCUUCGCCCUCUUGGACCUCAACGGCUCCGACUGACGGCCCCUCCGCCGACCGGGUGAGGGGCACCCUGGCCCCCCCACCCCUCCGCGCCGGCGGAGGGGCGACCCUUCCACCUUCCCUUCCGCACCUGCUUGGGACCCUCGUUUCCGACAUGGCUUAAUCCUUCGAAAUCGCUCUCUCCGUCGGUUCGAGAUUAAAAAAGACAAAAAGAACAGAGUUACACCUGCUGGAUAUGUCAAUACGGCAUGGCGGCGGCGGCAAUUAACGUCUCUACGCUCCUACGACGCGGGGGGCGGCGGCAGGGGGGACCCCUAAAGGAAACUUAACCCGAGGCUGUUUUUAAAGCACAAAGAGAACCUCGUCCGCGCUUCGUCACGGAAGAAACUGAAAGGUGAACGUCUCGCCGUGGGUUUGGAACAUACGUUUUUCAUUUAAAUAGGAACACGGGGACGGGAAGCAGCAAGGGUGAGAGUUUUCUUGGUUUUGCUCGCUUUUCUCUUGGAGGAAAAUUCA